GUCGUCAGUAAAAAUUCUGAUCCAUCAAGCACUUCGAGACAUGGACGAGAGUAAGAUCAUCAAAGAUUCUAUUCAUGGAUACAUUGAGAUCCCUGCUCUCUGUGUCCGAAUCAUUGACACUCCGCAGUUUCAGAGACUCAGGUUUCUGAAGCAGCUUGGUACGGCUUCUUUCGUGUAUCCCGCUGCGUCUCACAACCGCUUCGAACACUGUCUCGGGACAUGUUACCUGGCGGGGAAGAUGGUGAACGCCCUUCGCAGCCGCCAGGAGGAACUCGGAAUAACUGAGAAAGACGUUUUGUGCGUUCAGAUCGCGGGCCUCUGCCACGACCUCGGCCACGGCGCCUUCAGUCACGUCUUCGAGACCUUUCAUGAAAGGCAUCCGCGCAAAGCUUCCAGGUUGGUUGCAAAGCUUGCAGAAGUGCAUGAAGAGGUAUCCUUAGGAGGUCGACACCUCUCAGCGGGACCACAUUAUGCAGGAUUUUACCAAAGCAGGGCUGACAAGAAAUCUUUACACAGCAUUGCAACAAGAGGAAAAGAUUCGACGGCGUUAUUGACUAGCACUUACUCUCGCCCUCAGAUCGUGAACAACAAGAGGACGGGCGCCGACGUGGACAAGUGGGACUACUUCCUCAGGGACUGCCACGGCCUCGGCAUCAACGUGACCUUCGAGUACGAUCGGCUGGUUCACUUCUCCAGGGCGGCCGAGGUCGAGGGCGAGUGGCAGAUCGUCUUCAAGGAGGCGGAGGCGGAGAACCUGUACGAGAUGAACCACGCCAGGAUGAUGCUGCACAAGAAGGCCUACCAGCACCGCGUCGUCAAGAUCAUCGACCGAAUGCUCGUGGACGCCCUUCUAAAGGCUGACGACUUCAUAGAAUACGAGGGCAGAAAUGGACGAAGCUUCAAGUUGAGCGAAGUUUGCAACGACAUGGCGGCCUAUACUUACCUCACCGAUGACGUCAUACAACGGAUUCUGCGGAAGCCUACCAGAGUCAGUGUUCCCGAGUCCUACCGUCUCAAGGAAGCCAAGUUGAUCCUGAAUAACAUUCUUGCAAGGAACUUAUACUCUUACGCCGGAGAAUUUACAGAGGCGGAUGUGAUCGAUGUGGAGAUUACGAAACAGACACUCAAGACGAAGUUCCCUGGCACAGAGUGCCUGGUGAAGGAAGUCAAAUUUGGCAGCGAGGAUGGAAAUCCUUUGGAGAAGCAGCAUUUCUACCGCAGGGGAAACAGGGGGGAAUUCAUAACUCUCAGGGCGGAACAGAUCUCAAAAUUGCUUCCAAGAGAGUUCGUGGAUGUCAAAUAUCACGUCAUUACAAAGGACAACAGGGCGAAACAAGACAUCAUGAGGGAGAGAAAGAGGAAACAGAUCACGGAGUUUCUUGAGGUUGAGUUUCCUGUUUUGGGCAAUCUGUAUAGAUAGAUAGGUGUGCAAAUAUAUGUAGAAAUGGAUUUAUAACACAAACACACGC